CUCUCUCUCUCUCUCUCUCUCUCUCUCUCUCUCUCUCUCCACACACACACACACUGAGAGAAGAGCAGCAGCAACAGCAGGAGUCUGUUGUGGAAGAGGCUGCCAACUGAAGCUCUCAUCUGGGAUUUUGCAGUUGUAAUACUAAUGGACAUCUCUGAUUUACAACAUCCCAUUUGAUCACUUUAUAUAUCUGAACCACUCCCAGCAGCCCGUUCUCCUUUAAAGCGAAUCAGACAUAGAGAUGUCUCUCUGUAGAGAACUGUAAGUCGAACUGACAGAUACGUUUUAAGACAUCCCACAUCCUUUGCUUUACGCAGAAACAACACAAGAUCACAUUAAAAAAAAUAGAAUCCCUGCAUGGGAGAGUCCUGCUUCAGUCAAACUGAGGCUUUUAAAGAUCAGCCCAUUGGCACUACAGUAUCCCAUCUCCGGCUGACCCUCCGCAUUCAUCUUUCUGUCAGGAUGAGUGACUCACAGGAAGCGACGUCCCCAGUGGCAGGCUUAGGAGGCCCUGUCGCUUCUGUAUCCAAGGUGGAGCUGCGUGUUUCCUGCAAGUCCCUGUUGGACCGAGACACGCUCAAUAAGUCUGACCCCUGCGUCAUGCUCAUGGUACAGAACCAAGGUCAAUGGACUGAACUGGACCGUACUGAGGUGAUCAAGAGUAACCUGAAUCCGGUAUUUGCCAAAGUCUUAAUGCUGGACUACUACUUUGAGGAAGUACAGAAACUGCGUUUUGAAGUCUACGACAUUCACGGAGCCCACAGUAUUGGGACGCGAGACGAUGACUUCCUGGGUGGGGUGGAGUGCACGCUUGGACAGAUAGUGGCCCAAAAAAAGAUGGUGAAACCCCUGUUGCUGAAAUAUGGAAAAUAUGCUGGAAAAUCAACAAUCACAAUUCAUGCAGAAGAGAUUUCUGGGAACAACGGCUAUGUCGAGCUUUCCUUCUGUGCCAAGAAGUUAGAUGAUAAGGAUCUCUUCAGCAAGUCAGAUCCAUUCUUGGAGAUUUACCGAAUCAAUGAUGAUGGAACAGAACAGCUUGUACACAGAACUGAAGUGAUUAAAAACAAUCUGAACCCUGUGUGGGAACCCUUUAAGGUGUCUCUCAUUUCUCUGUGCAGCUGUGAUGACGAAAGGAAGUUGAAGUGCUUAGUCUGGGAUUAUGACUCGAGGGGAAAGCAUGACUUCAUUGGUGAAUUCUACACCAAUUUCAAAGAAAUGCAGAAGAUUUCCUCAGGAAACAAGGUCACAUGGGACUGCAUCAAUCCAAAAUACAAAUUGAAGAAGAAGAACUACAAGAACUCUGGGUUGGUUAUUCUCAGUGAUCUCAAGCUUCACAGAGUCUAUUCCUUCCUGGACUACAUCAUGGGAGGCUGCCAAAUACACUUCACAGUUGCCAUUGACUUCACGGCGUCCAAUGGGGACCCUCGCAAUAGCUGUUCCCUGCACUACAUCAACCCAUAUCAGCCGAAUGAGUAUCUGAAAGCCUUGAUAGCCGUGGGGGAGAUCUGCCAGGAUUACGACAGUGACAAACGAUUCUCUGCUUUGGGCUUUGGGGCAAGAAUUCCACCUAAUUAUGAGGUGUCUCAUGACUUUGCCAUCAAUUUCAACCCAGAGGAUGAUGAAUGUGAAGAGAUCCAGGGGGUCGUGGAAGCCUACCAAAACUGCCUACCCAAGAUCCAGCUCUACGGUCCCACUAAUGUGGCUCCCAUCAUCAACAGAAUAGCUAAGCUGGCGGCUGGGAAAGAACCCAUCAAAGAUGCUUCUCUGUAUCAUAUCCUGCUGAUCCUCACAGACGGGGUGGUAACAGACAUGGCCGAUACACGGGAGGCCAUUGUUCGGGCCUCCUACCAACCUAUGUCCAUCAUUAUUGUGGGAGUGGGAAACGCAGACUUCACGGACAUGCAGAUCCUUGAUGGGGAUGAUGGAGUCCUGCGCGCACCCAAAGGGGAACCCGUCUUGAGGGACAUCGUCCAGUUUGUGCCCUUCAGAGACUUCAAAACGGCUUCACCAGCUGCUCUGGCAAAGUGUGUCCUAGCGGAGGUGCCUAAACAGGUAGUGGAGUACUUCAGUCACAAGGCCAUACCGCCGAUAAACCCAGUGCUGAAUUCAACCCCCAGCUCCAUCGCCAACACACCUGAAUAACACUCAGCCUGAGGUCUGUUCCAGCCCUGUACACCUCCACAGUACUGAAACAGAGCUGGGACAGGGCUGCUCUGCCACAACAUACAGUAUAAACUGUCAUCUUGACUACGUUUUGUUCAUUCGUAAGCUGUUCAUACAUGACUGACGGUUUGGAUCUUGGUGUCUGAACCUGCCCUUGACACCAUGACUGCUCUCCCAGCAUGCAAACCGGAGUCCUUUUCCCCUCUGCUUCACAUAAGAGCAGACAAUACAUUGAAUUCCCAUCAGGACCAGGCCUUCUGAUCCCUGCUGCAAGGCCACUUCUGCAUUCUGCUGUUUUGUAUGACCUUCAAAGUUUUGAAGACUUUGCUCUGCCUGCCUUUGGGCUCUUUUCAUUCCUGGACUCCACGAGAACUGAAUCAGAAAUGCUGAGAAACAUACAAUAUAAUGUAAUAUGAAUACCCAAUCUAUAGAUAAUAGCAUGUACAUUGACUAAAAGAGUUUGCUUUGGUUUUGCUGGACAAAAAUGCAUAGUUCAUUGCUAAAAUCAUCAUCAUCUUGAUGUAAAGAUGUUAAUGGGAGUGUGAGAAUGGUCAUCAUCUGGCUAGUCGAUUAGUCAGGAUGACUAGUUUUAAAUAUUUUAGCGGUGGCGCUUGAACUAGCAUGCUGACAGAGCGCUGUUUGACAGUUUGCACGAUGGAACCCUCUUAGAUAAGCUGCAUCUUCAAAUCCAUCACCUUUAAGACAUCGGCAACACAGCCCUUCACAUGCACACAGGGUGUUUCACAAUGUCUUUUAAGUAUCUUGCACCAUGAGCAUUAUUAAGACAUCAAAUUAAAAUGAGUUGUUUACAGAAAAAUACCUUUUUAAAAUGUGUCUUGAGAUUCUUGCGGUCUGUUUCAUUCUGUUGUGUCUAGCCUGAAUGCAUAAUCUGUCAACAACCCAUAAACAAACAUUAGCGAUCACAAAGUGUUGAUUAGCCAACAGAAAUUACACAGAAUUAUUAGUUGACUAGUCAGUUGGUUGGAUGAGAAAAUUGUGAAUUCUUUCACAUUCUGUCUACAAGUCUGCGCCAAUGCACUGAUUCAAAUGUAAACCUUUUGAUAUGAUCCCCAUUUAAAUGGUUUGUGGAAACAUGUGAAUAUUGCCAAGAGGGGAAAAAAUGCCACAGGCACUUUGUCAAUCAUGAGAGAAGUACUCUAAUUAAAAAGGUGAAGUGGGUGAUUUCUGCACCUGUAGCAGACCCAAGAGGAUUUCAUAAAUACUGUAAUUCUGUUGUUUUCGAACUGUUUUAAAUACACACUCCCCCUGUUUGUCAUGAGUGGGUCAAACAUACAUAUGUAUGGCAUGUCUACCCUUGUGAAAAAGAAGUAAACUUAAUUGUAUUGA